UUGCUGAUGCAUCGAAGGCACCAGCCAACGCUGUUUCUUCAUCCCAACGUCUUCCUCGCAGCGCCGCCGCUCCAUCUUCCGCUCUCUCACUUAUUACUCGCGUUCGGCACGCGGGCGACGGCGGCGGCGCCCAGGCUCUCAGCGACGGCGCACAGGCUCUGGCUCUCAGCGACGGCGUCAACGGCUUCCCCUCCCGCCUCUCGCCAGUCGCCUCGCUCCCUCGCCUCCGGUCCUCCGCACACCGUCCGUUGAUCCUGCGUGCGUGCCUCUCUCUCUCCUCCCGCCUCCGGUGGAUCGUCAAUGGCGCUCGGACGGCAAUGGGAGCCAGCAGCCGCUGCUCCACCAAGGCGGUCGGCUGCUUUGGGAGCGCUUAUGCCCGAAAUCGAAGCGUUACCCGGCCUCUUAGCGCUUCAGCGCGCUGAAGCGUGCGCUUAGUGCCGCCAUUUGGAACCCUGGUUACAACCAUGCUCUUCUGGUUAGAUAGAUGGAGGUGCCAAUGAACUCUACGCAAUCUGGUCCUCACUUCCCUGUGCAGCAUCAGUCCCUCUCAUUAGACAUCAAGGGAAAUAAAACAGAUAUUGUUAUCAGUAAAUAUGAAGAUACCUUUCUGCUGAUUGUGGCACAAAUCGGCUGCAUGGGAACCAUACUAGCUGCCAAGUACGCUUGUUUCUUUCUAGGCAAAUUCGUUCUCCUAAGCAUGAAAGACGAAAGUGUUUUCUCGGACCCAACCUACAAUGUGUCUGUUCUUUUUGGGAAGAGAAAUGAGCCACUCCUACAAGCUUGCGCACGUCAACUUAUUGAGCACAUAAGUGGCAGUGGCUCAGCUCGGUCAUUGGUUAUUUCUCUGGGUCUGAAAGAUCAUUCUCAGGGAACACUGAAGGAUAUCAUUGUAGCUGUGAUCGAGAAUCGCCUUUGGUGAUGAUUGAAUAACUGAGCUGGGCAUGGGAUUGACAUAUUCAGCCCAUCGAUAAAGAUAUUGCUUAGCAUUGCGCAAGAGGAGCCAUCGUUUAUACCAUGCACUAAAUUCUGGUAGUUUUGUAGUUAGACCUUCUAUCUACUUGGAUUAACAAAAGGUGGCUUUAAGCUGCUGUCAAAAUUUGAGUGUCAGCUCUCACGCUAAACAAAAGGCACUGUAUGCUGGUAAAACACUUCUGAGGUGAAUCAUGCUUUUCGAGGCUAUUUGACAAUUUCGGCUAUAGCUUC